ACACAAAUUUGCAUUGCCAAGAAGUUGAGCUCUAAUGACUUUAUGUGGGUAUUUAAAGCCAGUCGCAGUUACAAUUUUGUCUUAAGUUAUUUGUUCUUCAACUGACUCGGCUCAAUCGUUCGCAAAAUGGUUCGACAACUCGAUACGAGGGCGAUCUUUACGCGACUCUUCCUCACUUGGCGUGUACUCGGUGUCAUCGAUUGGCCAUUUCAUAGGCAUCUGCGCUUGGUCUAUGACAUUCUGACGAACACAGUCGUCACCGUUUGCUUUCCCCUCCAUCUGCUGGUGGGAAUUGUUUUCAGCACCAAUCAGGAGGAGUUCUUCACAAAUACGGUCCAGGGCAUUGCAAGCGUUUCUUGUGUCUUAAAACAUGUGUUGUAUCGCUUUCGAAUGAGGGAAAUGCAGAGGAUAAAUGAAAUUUUAGGCCAGCUUGACGAUCGCGUGCGCACCAAUGAGGACUAUGAUUACUACAAGCAUCAUAUGGAGCGACCAUGCAACUUUAUGGUGAACUUUUUCACACGCUGUUACUUUGCGGUCAGCAUAAUGGCUUUGGUCACGGCCUUAUUUACUGGCAAGCUGCUUUACCCUGCCUUCAUACCACUACAAUGGCGGACGUCGGUUUUCAAAUACGCUAUGACUCUACUGUAUCAGUUUACCUCAGUUUCGCUACAAGCUGUGCAGAAUAUAGCAAACGACGCAUAUGGACCAGUGGUACUUUGUAUGCUCUCCGGACAAGUGCAUCCCCUGUCGAAUAGCAUGUCACGCGUUGGCCACGACAAACCCGACAGUGUGGAGGACAAUUAUAAAGAGUUAUCGUUGUGCAUUGAGGACCACAAAUUGUUGAUGAGUACCACAAUGGCAGCGGAGAGCAUGGCCUCGGCUAGAUACAUAGUGCAAUUUGGUGGCACAUGCAAAACGGGAUACUCAUUCUUCACGGUUAUACAAAGCAUGAAGUAG